AUGCGCCAGUUUGAACGAAGCCAACACAGUGCUACUGCUGCUGCUACUACUGCCGCCGGUGCAAGUAAACUUCGAUGUAAUGACACUGCUACUACUGCUACUGCUACUGCUACUGCUACUGGUGCAAGUGCAUCAAGCAUCGCCAAAAGAGCUGCAUCAUGUCGCCCAGUAAAAUCGCUGUCAACACCUCCAGCACAAGACGAGCACGUUAUCGAUCGCACAAUGCAGUUGUUAGAGCAGACAAUGGCUGUUCCUCCCUCGAACCCCAUGUGCAACCCCCAAUCGCGCAGAACAAAUGCCCCGAUCAUCACCGGCACUAAACCUACCAGGGUGUUCUCGGCAACACGAAACCGCCCCGUCAAGCGUAGAGCAGACCACAUGGGUCAUGACAACAAAAAAUGGCCAAAAGUGCUGCGCUCAUUGCUAUUCAGAACGGAACUGUUGGUCAAGAAAAAUGCAAAGACGGGGGCCCGCUCUUCGCCACCCACUGCUAGCCCUAGGCCUCAGAAAUGGGGCCGCUCAUCUUUGAUUUUUUGUUUUUCGAUUUCAUUUUCAUAGUUUUUUCGUGUUCUUCGUCCCGGUGAUGAACAAAAAAAACUAGAAACGAAUACCAAAAAAAAAAUACGGGGGAAAAAAAAAACGAACAAAACAGAAAAAACAGGGAACCCCGCUGUGUGCUCGUACGGUUGGCUUUGCGGUGUAC